AUGUCUGGACUGGCAUUCACCAGGUCCUUCCUCGCUGCUCUCCAAACCCCCCAUGCAGUAACGGAGCUCACCAACUACCCGAUUCGCAAACCGUUCAACCCGCAAUUCGACACAGCCAAGAAUGUACCCAUAUCCUGGUCUUUUCUCCUAGGGCCAAUGCUAGACAUGUACCUGCCCAAAUGGCUCGCUUCGCUCUGUGGUGAAACUGUGCCGGAUAAAGGGGCCAAGCUGACAGGGCUGCUGCACCAACUCAUCAUCAACGCUCUGUCAGGGUGUUUACCAGAAUCGGUUGGCGUCGAUAGCUUCGGGUCCGGCACAGCCAUCAAUAUGCGAGGACCAGUGGGUAUCUCAGACGACGAGAUGGGUCUCUUUGUCUCUGUAGACUUCCAAACGUUCUCGCUGCAGAAAACCCACCCAGGGAACCACCAAGCGGCCUCGUCCUGGGACCUGGCAAAGGCGAUCACGGUGCGCCUAGCAGCCAGAGCGCGGCAGCUGCACGACCAACCCACUGGACUCCUGAGAUACUUGAGGAGCGUAUAUUCUUGGAUGAUUUCUAAGCUCGGUGCCAGGAGUGAAGGUUCAUAUGAAGCGAGAAAUAUUGUUUCGUUGCGGCCCUCUGAGAGCGUGGGGCGUUGUGGUCCACCUCUGACAUUUAAUGCUGUGAGCUGUAUAGAAGGAAAUAUGAGCAUUGCGGUUUGCUGGAAGAUUGGGGCUUUGGGGCUGGGAGAAGAAGGGGAGGAGAGUGGUUUUGCGGGAGCUGUGUGUAGACAUGUUGGGGAGGGCUUCAAGAGCUUGAGCGAGAGGGUUGGGGGAUGA